AUGAGUGCUUCUUCGACAUGUACCGAUCGCCACCCUGGCGAAGACGAGGAGCAACCUCCCCCUAUGACCCAAGAUCUGGAGAAACAACCUGAAUCAUCAACUGAAGAUGCACCUCCUGCCUAUUCAAUCUUUACGACAUGGCAAAAACGCUUCAUCGUGUUGGCAGCAGCCUCUACCGCCCUGUUCUCCCCCAUGACGGCCCAGAUCUACUUCCCAGCAUUGCCCGCCAUCGCCAAAGACCUAGACGUGACCAUCUCGCAGGUCAACCUCAGCGUCACGACUUACAUGAUCUUUCAGGGCGUUACACCCAUGUUUAUUGGAUCUCUGGCUGACAGUGGAGGGAGAAGACCUGCAUAUGUUGUUUGCUUCACCCUCUACAUCGCCGCCAACAUUGGACUGGCGCUUACACCCAGCUACGGCGCCCUCUUGGGUCUGCGAUGUCUUCAAUCUGCUGGCUCUGCAAGCACAGUUACUCUCUGCUACGCUGUCGUCGCAGAUGUCAUCACCUCUGCAGAAAGAGGCCAGUACAUAGGCCUGACUGCUGUACCUGUCGUCCUCGGUCCUGCUCUAGGCCCUGUCAUCGGCGGCCUUCUCGCCCAGUAUCUUGGCUGGAGAUCCAUCUUCUGGUUCCUCACAAUAUUUGCCGGAGUAGCCAUUGUUCUCGUCGUCAUAUUCUACCCAGAAACAUGCCGUCGCAUCGUGGGCGACGGCUCAAUUCCUCCACCCCCUGCGUAUCGGUCUUUGUGGCAGAUACUAAAAUCCCGACGGACUCGGAUGUCAGCAGCCAAGUCCGACCUCAGCCGCCAAGCUUCUCACGGCUCAAAAAAAGAAAAGACCUUCAAGUUCAAGGCACCGAAUGUACUCGAGUCAGUCUUGAUGCUGUUUGAGAAAGAGACGGGUCUGUUGCUCGGCUUUAGCAGUUUGUGCUUUGCUGGCUUUUACUGCAUUGCCACAGCCAUGCCCACUCUAUUCUCGAGAAUCUACGGCUUUAAUGAGAUCCAAAACGGUCUUAUGUUCCUUCCAAUUGCAGCUGGCUCUGUCAUCGCAUCAUUCAUCGUUGGUGCCUUCACCAAUCGCAAUUUCGAGCGCCACUGCAUCAAGUUGGGCAUCCCCUACGAGAAGAGCCGUCAGCCAGACCUUUCAGGCUUUCCAAUUGAGCGCGCUCGACUCGAAAUCGGUUUCCCACUCAUGCUCAUGUCAAUCGUCAUGCUCAUCGGCUGGGGUUGGGCAGUUGACGCCAAGACGCACGUCGCCGUGCCCUGCGUGCUGAGCGGACUGAUGGGAGUUGGCAUCGUGGGCUUCAACAACACAACUAGCUCGCUACUAAUUGACAUUCACCCGGGAAAGCCAGGAACCGCCAGCGCUGCCAAUAACCUGACCCGAUGUCUGGUUGGGGCUGGAGCUAGUGCUGCGAUUGUUCCCAUGGUUGAUGCUUUGGCCCAGGUACUCCUCAAGAUCGUGUUCACCCUCGUUGUGCUACUGGCUUCAAUCGCCGUCCACCGAUUGACAUUUCACCCACUUGCACGUAUCCCUGGACCCAGGCUGGCUGCUAUAUCCAGCUUCUGGCACGCAUACCAUGCGAGAAAUGGCCGUAUGGCCCAUUUAGGAAAGACGUUGCAUUCGCGAUACGGGCCUGUUGUGAGAGUAGGACCAGAUGAAGUGUGGUUCGACACCAAGGAGGCUUUUCAGGCCAUCUACAGCAGUGGUAGCGGAUAUGAAAAGUCGGACUUUUACUUGGCCACCAGCCUAAGCAAACCUCGCAUCGACUGGCAUCUCAACCCUCAUUUUCCCGACACACUCGACCUUCUCUCGGAACGGGAUGUGAGGCGGUACCGAAUCCAGCGCCGCAUGAUUGGCCCUGUUUAUCAGACGUCCAAUCUCAUUCAAUACGAGGCUGCCAUUGACGAUGUCAUUAACCGUGCCAUCGCCAAGCUGAAGAGCUUCAAGGGCGCUCCAGUCGAGCUGAAUGAGUGGAUGCACAUCAUCGCCGUGGAAUGUCUUGGGUCCGUUGUCCUCUCAUGGUCGCCCGGAAUGCUCAAGAGCGGCACUGAUUGGGGAUCGGGCUCGCAUGCCUAUCACGGCUGGAGACGGAAGAGUGUCUUUGGCCUCUUCCCUACAAUUGUCAAGCUCGAGUUUCUGUCCAAAACGGUCGGUCGGCUCUUCAGCUCGGCUUGGGGCGUCAAUUUCAAGACACCAAAGAACUUCAAGCCAUUCUUUGUCGAUGUUGGCAAGCGAGUCUCUCGACGUGUCAACGCAGCCAGAAGACCAAACCCGCCCAAGGACAGCCGCCAGGAUCUCCUUACAGAUCUCAUUCGGCUUCACAAGGUCAGACCCGACUUUACUGACAAUUACCUGCGUAAAAUGGCCGUGACAAACUUUGGUGCUGGGCAUGAGACCAUGGCGUCCACUCUGACCUCCAUCAUGGCUGUGCUAGGUUCUCUUCAAGAUGUCCAGGCUCAAGUUUCCCAAGAAGUGCUCGCCACGGCAGACUCAAGCCAAUAUUCUACCGCUACCCGUCUCCCGAUAAUGCAGGCUCUCAUCAAGGAGGUCAAACGGCUAUACCCAGUUAUCAGCAUGUCCCUCCCACGCAAGGUUCCCAACGGCGGCCUUCACCUUCACGGCUUCUAUUUCCCGCCCGAUACAACUGUAGGCUGCAACCCACUAGCCUUGCACCGAAACAAAGACGUCUUCGGUCCCGACUCUCAUCUCUUCAACAUCGCUCGGUGGCUUAACGCAGACCCCGACACGGCUCGUAACAUGGAACGAGUCAGCCUUAGCUGGGGCGGCGGCUCAAGGUCAUGUCCUGGGCGUCACUUGGCUGAGCUUGUGGUCUUUAAACUUGUCCCAGCGCUAGUGAAGGAGUUUAAGAUUGAAGCUGUUUUGCUGCCCGAAGACGAAGGUCGCUCAUAUUUCUUGUCCAUGUUGACGGGAGUCAAGACACGGUUCAUUGAGCGACAAACAGCAGACUCAGCGACAGAGACCCAAAAGCCAGUUCCUUGA